AGUGCAGGCUGCAGCUUGCAUGUUACCUCCAGUCCUGCGCUCUCUGGGUGCAGCCUCCAGCUUCAGCACCUGACUGUUGGACAGCUCCCUGCGAGCUUGGAGGAGGCUUACAGGCAGGAGCCGGCACAGCACAGUGUGGAUGGAUUAACACAGUCUCAUCAGGAACAUACUUUAAAGUGGAAGAGACUGAAGAAAAGCGUGGGAUACGGAUCAGCUGUGGAUCACAGUGCAUUGGAUUUCCUUUAAGUGACUUUUUAAUCCUUAAAGCGGAUCUUGCUCUUCUUGACAUUUUUUUCUUGCUUGUAUAUGUGCAUGAUACUCUUUCUUAAAGUUUCCUUUUAAAGCCCGGGGAGUGAAGUGGAGUGUUUUUGGCUAAGGUGAGACCCUGUGUCUCAAGUUUGUCUCUAGCCAUCUUCUAGGCACCUGGAGAUCAGUGCUGGAGGGUGGGAAGCGGCUGCAUGUGAUGGUGGAUGGGCUUGGUGCUUUUCUUUUGGUCCCUGUCUCUUGAAGGGGAUUUGUGAUCAGAUUUGCUGAGAGAAACAGCCUGCCUUCAACACUCUGCUACUAAAUGGAUUACUACUAGCAGGGGUGCUUGGGGACACAAUAGGAAGAGCUACUACCUUUUCUGUUGGAUGUCACAUUCCAGACUUUAUGCUUGGACAGGACUUCGCUUCUGAGAACCACAUCAGUAUAAUUGACCCAGCCACAAGAAUGGAUUUUACAAAUACUUCUUAAGACAUUUCCAAAUCAUGAAGAUGCAGCAUUGAUGAGCUCAAGGUCCCAUUGGUUCUGAGUCAAAGUACACGUGCAGUGGGUCUGCAGAUUGGAGCUUGACCAUGCCAGACCAAGAAACCAUGAGUAAGUAGGAUGCUGACUUCAAUAUGAAUACAAAUAAAGAUUCAUUUGGACUAUGCUGAGAGUGGAACCAUGAAUGAUGACUCUGUCCUUGACCAGCUGGUGUUAUCAUGAUCAAGUCCUCGGUUUUGAUUUCACACAGUGGCCAAAAGCUUUGUAUAAUCGAAAAGAGCACAGGGAUUUUUAGAGCAAAAGUAAUAGGAACUGCCCAUUUACCGGCCACAGGAGUGCCCUGCCCAGUCCCUCCUCAGUCAGUGAUUGGCUCAGCAGGCAGUUUCUGCAUGACCAGGAUCUGUUGGAAUAACAAUUGUAAGGAAUUAGGGUUGGUUGUUUAUGUUGGCUGAACUGGGUGAUUUACAGAAAGAUCUUCACAUUUCCCAUAGACUAGGCGCUCAGCUACUGAUAAACACAUGAUCUAUCAUUGGUUAGGCAGCCAGUGGUAUAUUAAUCUCUACAUCCUAACCAGUAGUCGAAUUGAGAAAAAUGUCCAAUGAUGGGUCAUCAAUAAUAAUUGAAAGUCCGUGACCAGAGAAUUGUACUUCAUGGGAGGAGUCAUGCUUCACACGGCCACAUUUUGCUGGCAAAUAAUCCUGUGUGUGACCAUGGUCUUGGUCUAUGUAGGAUCCACAGUUGGAUGUCCAGCUCGUUGCGAGUGCUCAGCACAAAACAAGUCCGUCAGCUGUCAUCGAAGGCGACUCAUCGGCAUGCCAGAUGGAAUCCCUAUAGAGACUAAAAUUCUGGAUUUAAGUAAGAACAAACUGAAAAGUGUUGGACCAGAUAAUUUUUCAUCUUAUCCUUUGUUGGAGGAAAUAGACCUUAGUGACAACAUCAUUUCAAACGUGGAGAUCGGAACUUUUAAUAAUCUCUAUAAUCUUCGUUCAUUGAGCUUAAAAGGAAAUCGCUUAAAAUUGGUGGACCUAGGUGUCUUUACAGGUUUGUCAAAUUUGACUAAGCUUGAUAUAAGUGAGAACAAAAUAGUCAUUUUACUAGACUAUAUGUUUCAGGGUCUUCAUAAUCUAAAGUACCUAGAAGUUGGAGAUAAUCAGUUAGUUUUUAUAUCUCAUAGAGCUUUUAGUGGACUGCUUAGCCUGGAGAGGCUCACAUUGGAGAGAUGCAACUUGACAGCUGUUCCUACUGAUGCCCUCUCACACCUUCACAACCUCUAUAGUCUGCAUUUGAAACAUCUGAACAUAAAUGUUUUGCCUGAAAUUGCCUUUAAGAGAUUGUUUCGUCUUAAAAUCUUGGAGAUAAGCAACUGGCCUCUGCUGGACAUGGUGCCUGCUAAUAGUUUUUAUGGUCUAAACCUUACGUUUCUCUCAAUCACCAAUACCAAUAUAUCAGCAAUUCCUUAUUAUGCUUUAAAACACUUGGUUUACCUAACUCACUUAAACCUCUCCUUCAACCCCAUAAGUAUUAUUGAAGCAGGAGUACUGGCAGAUUUGGUUCGACUUCAGGAAUUACAUAUUGCAGGAGCUCAGCUGCGUGUUAUUGAACCGCAUGCUUUCCAAGGACUUCGGUUCUUGCGUCUACUUAAUUUGUCUGAAAACUUAUUGGAAACACUGGAAGAGAAUGUGUUACACUCCCCCAAAGCUCUGGAAGUGCUCUGCAUUGAUAAUAACCCUUUAAUAUGUGACUGCCGCCUAAUUUGGAUGUUACAGAAGCAUCCUAUGUUGAACUUUGGGAGCCAACAGCCAAUGUGUGCUAGUCCAGACAAUAUUAAAGAAAAAUCAUUUAAGGAAUUUCAAAGUGCUGUAUUAUCCUAUUACUUUAUAUGUAAAAAACCUAAAAUUAAGGAUAGAGACAUAGUACAGUUACAUGUAGAUGAGGGACAGAGGGUUCAGAUGAACUGCAAUGCAGAUGGAGAUCCUCAGCCAAUGAUUUCAUGGGUUACUCCUCGUAGGAGGAUGGUUUCUACAAAGUCUCAUGGAAGAGCCACAGUUCUUGGGAAUGGCACUCUGGAAAUAAGGUAUGCUCAAGUUCAAGACACUGGAACCUACGUUUGUGUUGCCAGCAAUGCUGCUGGAAAUGAUACCUUCUCAGCUUCACUUACUGUGAAAGGAUUUGUUCCUGAUCGUUCCUACACCAACAUGACCCCGAUGUUCAUUACGGAAUUAAAUGAAACAAACACCAAUGGAACCAAUACAAACAUGACGUAUUCCUUUGACCUCAAGACAAUUUUGGUUUCUACAGCUAUGGGUUGCUUUACAUUCCUGGGAGUUGUUUUGUUUUGUUUCCUACUGCUUUUUGUAUGGAGCCGAGGGAAAGGAAAGCAUAAAAACAACAUUGACCUGGAAUAUGUUCCUCGGAAAAACAAUGGUGCUGUAGUGGAAGCAGACGUCACAGGCACUGUACCCAGGAGAUUUAAUAUGAAAAUGAUAUAGUGGGUAGUUACCUACAGAGCUUUGUUUACCCGUGGCAUUGUUUCUACCCCUAAUACAGCCUGGCAAUUUGGAUUGCUGGGUGGAGCAGCUGUAUGCAGCUGACACUGUGUCAAAUUGGUUUUAUGGAAUUGGAAAGACCAUAUGGAGCUACUUAAAAGAGGCCAGUGACCUAUGGGCAAGAACCUGAGAGCAUUUCAUGGAGUUGUUUUACUACUUGUUUGCAUUGCAAAUAUUGGCAUUCUGGGGAUCUCAGUAACAAAUUGUUGGCUCAUUCUCAUGGACAAAUACUCAACAUUUUCUACCACUCUGAAAACAAAACAAGCAAACAAACCUACAGUGUAGGCUUUACAUAUGAAAUGACACACGUGUCCAAAACAUAUUCUAGAGUGUACUUUGUAUCUAUAGAUAUCAUUUGUUUAAGCUGAGCAUCAUUCUUUCUUGUUGGUUUCACUCUACAAAUGAAUUGGUAUGGUUUAUUUUAUACACUUGCCCAACCUGAAGCAAUACAAAGAUGAGAUUGUGCUUGGUCUCCACUAAGACUGACUUCAAUAAGAUCCACCAUGGCUCUCAUACUAAAGAUCACAUGCAGCUGAUCUAUGACUGGUCCAUUUUACAGAAAGGCCUCAGUGGGUACCAUUCGGAAUGCCAAGAUAUUUUUAUGUGUACACAAAAAGAUCCAUAUUUCUAUUUAAUCUAUCUAAAUUCUAAAGAUUUAAAAUUGAUUUUAUAUUUGAAAUGACCUUGUCCCCUGUACAAAUGUGUCUUUAUAAGAAUUACAUUUUCAGCUGCAUGGUUUUUAAUAUGGCAACCAUGGGGAAAAAAACUAUUGAACAAACAUGUUUUUUUGUUUAUAUCAAACAGAAAACCAUUUUAAGGCUAAACUGAUGCUUGGUUGUAUUUACUUGUAACAAUAUUUAUAAGGACAUGUACCUAAUUUGAUACAGAGCUGAGUUAUUUUUUUAUACCUAGUAUCACAAAUGAUCCAUUUACUGUAACGAAAAAAUAUAUGGUCUUCACUCAAGCUGAUAAACUGGAGGCUACUGCUUGACUGCUUUUAUUUAGAAAGAUUCAAGAGUGCAGAUCAGAAUAACCCAGUUGUAUCUUAUGGCUUGCAGUAAAUGAAAACAAAUUAAUAUUGUAGCAGUUACCUAUAUAAAUCUGAUACCAACUCAUUUCUUGCAAUACAAAUAAAUAAAGCUUAAUAGGCUGUCCACUAAAAGUUAUUAAAAGAAAUGUAUGCAUAAAGCCAUCGAACACAUCAGUGUUUUGUUAAAAAAAGAAAUAAUUUUAUAUACAGUACAUAUAUAUGUCAAACACUAUGAAAAAAUAAUCUAUCUGUGCUUAUUUCUAUGAUUGUGGCAUUUAAAAAGUAAAUUGCUAAGAAGAAAAGCGGUGUAUUUUGGAAUAUUUUCUUUCUUCAUAAAGAGAGGGUUCUUGGAAUUAUUCUGAAUGUUGCACAUUAAAAUGUUUUUCCUUAAAGGGGUUAUCCAGAUAUGGAACAGCGCCUCUACUGUUUAUGGCAUGUGUGAGAUAUUGUAGCUCAGAUCCAUUCCUUUAAAUAGGUUUGAGCUGCAACACUUAUCCCAAUCCAUAAACAGGAACGUUGUUUCUGAAUAAAAAGCAUCUUCUAUUUUGCUUUUUUUUUCCCCAAUGCAUUUAUGGUGGUUCAUACAAUUACAUAGGAACUUUAUUCAUCUUAAAGAGAGAGAGAGAUGUAUUUAUUUCUCCAAUUGACUAAAAUCAUAUGAUUCACAGCUCCCAUAAUACAGUUGUUGACUGUAUGUUUGUCAAAUCAAAAAAUCUUAUUUGUUCUGCUUCAUGAAAAUAAUGACCAAAGGGCUCAAAAUCUGAAGAAAUCAUAAUUCUUAUUGACCCAUAUCAAUUCAGCUUCAUUAUGUCCCAGUGCUGUAAUGCUAAUUCACAUUGAUCCAGAUAGGAGUAUCUGUUUAUUAAUGUUCCAGUCAGUGAAAAUACCUGUAAUUUGUGCAAACUUUGAUUUGAAUGCUUACAUUUUACUUUCUAGUUAUAAAUAACUGAAACACUGAUAACAUUUGAAGUGCUAAACAUGUUCAAAUAACAGCCAAAAAGCAUAAUAAAAUUGAAUAAUUCUCUAUUGAACUGCAUGUGUGGGCCUUUCUACCUAAAAUAUAUGUUGUGGUUCUCUGCCUUAUUUUAUAUUUUUUUUUAUUUUUUUUGUAGUGCCCAUCUAUUAUUGAGAACAAUGUAUGAAGAACUGGUAAAAAAGAAAAAAAAAGUACUCCUAGCCCAUUAACCUGUCUAAUAAAUAAAAGUAUAUUGGUAAACAAAGUUAUAUUACCACCUUUCUGUGGUUUUGCAUGCAUACAAACUGUCUGGUUUAUUUUCUUUAUUGUUCCACAUUUGUUAAAUUCAGUAAUUGAAUUUCUCUUCCUACUGUACACUCUUGUUGGGAUUUCAGCCAACUCUAUCUCCCUCCUACAACACCCAUGGUAGCCUCUUAUAUAGUAGAAGGCAGUUACAUUUGGUUGAAAUCCCAGCUAGAGUGUACAGCAGUAACAGGAAUUAUGCUCCAGAAUGUACACCAAAGAGGAAGUGGGACAAUAAAGAAAAACAAAGUAAACCAUUUUCUUCAGGAGCAGAAGGAAAGCAUUAAAGACUACAAAUGUGAAUAACUACCAAUAUAUGUUCUAGACAAUUGAAAAUAGAGUUGAAAAUAAGUUAAUGGGUGCAUUCUCAGAUUCUCAUGAUCCCUAAAUACAUAAAAUGAUGUUCAGUUGAAAUGGGUGCAUCUGUAAAAAUCUGUUCACUGACAUUCAUCAGGUGAAAUACCUAUUUUGGUAGAAAUGCAAGUUGUAAUUAAAUUAAAAAAACAUGGGAAA